CGCAGCCGGCUUAUUUACGGCAGGCGCAAAAAAAAGGACGUAAACGCGCCUCCUGGGCGAAGAGGCUGGUUAAGGAUCUUAUGUUUCUUUACAACAAUUAAACUUUGUCAGAUAUAAACUUUAAAGUGAAUAAAUCCAUGAGUGGGAAUCGAUCACUGAAGAAACGAUGUGGGGAAUUGCAUCUGGAAUCCCCUGCACGCUAUGGUCACGUUCCUUCGACAGGAUGCACAUUGAGCAAAUUGUUUCAGUUGCCAACACCGCCUUUAUCAAAGCAUCAGUUAAAACGAUUAGAAGAACACAAAUAUCAAAGUGCUGGACGGUCCCUACUUGAGCCACUUAUGCAAGGUUAUUGGGAGUGGUUAGUGCGAAGAGUACCAGCCUGGAUUGCCCCUAAUCUGAUUACAAUUGUUGGACUCAUAAUAAACAUCUGCACAACCAUAAUAUUAGUAUUUUACUGUCCAACAGCUACUGAACAGGCACCUCCUUGGGCAUAUAUUGCAUGUGCUUGUGGCCUUUUCAUCUAUCAGUCUUUGGAUGCAAUAGAUGGGAAACAGGCAAGAAGAACCAAUAGUAGUAGUCCUCUGGGAGAACUAUUUGACCAUGGCUGUGAUUCAUUGUCCACAGUCUUCGUAGUUUUGGGAACGUGUAUCGCUGUGCAGCUGGGGACAAAUCCUGACUGGAUGUUUUUCUGCUGUUUUGCUGGGACAUUCAUGUUUUACUGUGCACACUGGCAGACAUAUGUCUCUGGAACAAUGCGCUUUGGAAUAAUUGAUGUGACUGAAGUGCAAGUCUUCAUAAUAACCAUGCAUUUACUGGCAGCGAUUGGAGGACCUACAUUUUGGCAAACUAUGGUUCCAGUGUUAAACAUUCACAUGAAAAUACUUCCAGCUAUUUGUACAGUAGCAGGAACCAUAUUCUCUUGUACAAACUACUUUGGUGUGAUCUUCACAGGUGGAGUUGGCAAAAAUGGAUCAACCAUAGCAACUGGACAAACAACCAAGAUCACACCAAGAGCAAAGUGUGUAAUACUCUGGGAGGCCUCAAAGAACCCAAGAGUGACAUCUAAGGAACUAAAGCCCUCCCUUGCAUUGGUGAAUAUGAGAAUACUAAACAAUGGUGUACAUAGCAGGAUUCUAAGGACAAAGCCAUUAGUCUCUAAAAAGAACAUUGCUGCCCAUCUAAAAAUUGUGAAAGGCCACAUUGAUAAGCCAGAAGGCUAUUGGAACAAUGUUCUGUGGACAGAUGAGAUCAAAAUAGAACUUUUUAGCUUAAAUGAAAUGCGUUAUGUUUGGCAAAAAGGCAAAGCUUUCAUUCCAACAUAA